GUAAAAUUGAAACAAGUCACAGGAAAGGAAUUCAUUGUACCAAUGUUUAAAACUGAACCGAAACCGAAAAAAUACAUAUUCGAUUUUGAUGAACGUACAGGAGAAUUAGACGGUAAAAAAAUAAACGAUGACGGCGGUAAAGAAGUUGAUGAAUAUGAUUUCGACCGGAUACCAGCUGUUGAAGAACAUAUCAGUAUUCGUCCAGAACUGAAAACUGAUCCACAUUUACUUAUACUCCAAUGUCAAGAGUGUCCUGGAGCAGAUGGAACUGGCAAUUUACCUGUAACGCCACCAGAAAAAACGAAAGAAGAUACUGCAAUGUCAACUGCAUUGAAUAUAGCUGGAACGAAUGGUUUAUUAAAACUAUCCGAUUGUCCACCAUUUCCAUUAGUUAAAUUGAAAUUAGUCUGUUUAGAUUGUUUAGUUGAUAGUGUAUAUAAAGGUGGUAGUAUACGUGAUCCAGCUGGUGGAAGUUAUGAACAUUUAUUGCUACCGUUAGUAAAAACAAUCAACUGUCUACUUGUUAUGGGUGUGCUCGAUCAAAAAGAUAUUCACACUCUAUUGGCUAUCUUGGAUCCUAAAUCAUUUAAAGCAUCAUUGCCAUUAAGAGGUGAUUCGACGUAUGAAAGUCUACUCGAGUUUCACUUGCCAGAAAGUGUCAAACUAGAAAUAUGCCGUCUGUUACAUAAUUUAUGUGAUCUACAAUUACGUAACCGAGUAGAACAGGUUGUAAAAUUUGCUAGUAAAUUUGUACAAGCUUUACAAGAAGAUCAAAAUUUUAGGUAUAUGGCUAUCAAGAAAUCCAAUCUACCAUCAUCUGUAGCAGCUAGAAGAACAAGGGAAUUUAGAUGCCCUGCCUCAGUACAAAUGAAAAGUCUUCUGCAAAUCCAUGGUCCGGGUGGACCAACAGGUCGUUCACAAGAGGCACAAACUGAACCAUCAACUAAUGAGACAGUUUCUGGAAAUGAAGAAGAAGAUGAUGAAUUAGAAGAUGUUGAAACUAAUCCCUGCUCGGAAGAAGUUAAGGAAAUGCUUCGAAGUUUUCACAAACUACUCUGUAAUAAGCUAGGUGUAAUGUUACCAGAAAAUAAUGAAAGCAACUCAGGAAAUAAAUCAGACUCUGAUAAGUUUGCGGACAGUGGGUUCGACGAAUCACAUUUACAUUCACCAUUACUAACACAUCCAUCAGAUACCCUUAGUUUGGCAUCAUUUGGUCCAUCUUAUCCAUCUGAUGAAUUACAAACAGCUUUAGCUCACCUUCCACUGGUCCCGCCUGAUAUGGGUCAUCCAGAAGAAGGUUCAGGUACACCGCCAUGGAUUUUAAAAUUAUUAUGGAAUGUAAUUAUUCGUAAUCCAUUGACAAAUGAUUCAACCAUUGAAGUGAAUGAGAAUAAUGAGCAGACAUCUGUUACUCAGUUUUAUCAUUCAGGAAAACGUUCACUGGAUGGACUUAUCGUUUAUACGAUAGUUAAAUGGGCUAAAGAAGGUUUUAUUGAAAGUUUGGAACUGAUCCGAGAAAUGUUUUCUGCACUUCAUCGUCAAUACAAUGCAACUGAAGAACUAAAAAAUGCAUUAGAAAAAACUUAUGUCAUCAGUGGUUCAUCGCAAGAUGAAGUAUCUCGUCUACUACGUUCACUUGGACGAGUAAGAAGUUUACUUGGUGUUCAGUUAGGAUCAAAUGAAGAAAUUCUAUUAAAGAAUUGUUUAUGGGACUUAAUGAAUAAUAAAGUAUUCUUUCAACAUCCUGAUUUAACACGUUGUUUAGCUGUACAUGAGACAGUUAUGCAAUUAAUGGUACAAACAUUAACUAAAGCAACAUUUGAACAACCAGGUGGAAAUGCCAUUUCCAAAGAUGCAAUACAUUCAUCCAAUCAGGCGGUAACAACUGACAUUACAGUGACUAGUGUCACUGGUUCUUCAUUACCUGUUCUACAUGAGGAAGGUUUAAAUUCAACUACAGGUCAUGGAAGUCAUCACCAACAACAACAGCAAUCGCAACAACAACGUGGUUCAGCUGGACCAACUGAAAUGGUUGUUCAAUGUUGUCGUUUUCUAUGCUAUUUUUGUCGUACAUCAAGAGAUAAUCAAAAAGCUAUGUUUGAACAUCUUAGUUAUAUGCUAGAAAAUUCAUCUAUGCUACUUGCUCGUCCAAGUCUUCGUGGUACAUGCCCAUUGGAUGUAGCUUAUUCUUCUUUGAUGGAUAAUAAUGAAUUAGCUUUGGCUCUACGUGAAAAACAACUGGAAAAGGUUGCUAUCUAUUUAUCACGAUGUGGUGUUCAGUCAAAUGCUGAGUUAUUAGCUAAAGGUUACCCAGAUAUUGGAUGGGAUCCAGUGGAAGGAGAACGUUUUCUUGAUUUCUUACGUUUCACUGUUUGGGUUAAUGGUGAAACAGUUGAAGAAAAUGCUAACUUAGUUGUUCGUCUAUUGAUUCGCCGACCAGAAUGCUUAGGUCCGGCAUUGCGCGGUGGAUCGAAAGUUAUGAAACAUUCUACUGGAAAUACGGGAACAGACGGUUUAGAAGUGCCACCAGGUGGUCCAGAUGGAUUGCAUGCUGCAAGCGAAUCAACUGGACAGCUAAUUAGCGACACAGAUUAUCAGCCUAAUUUAGCUGGUGGUGGUCUUCUAAAGGCAAUGAAAGAAGGUCUAGUAAUGUCAGCUCAAAUUAAACUAGUGAAAAUGGCUCAAGAAGCUGAAGCAGCAGGCUUGAAUCCAGAAGAAGAAGAUUUAGGGUGGCGAACUGUCUUGAUGGACUACGAAGACGCUAAUUUAUUUACACCACUACCAUACAACUUUGAAUCACUACCGCCUGAAGAUGAUCCCGAUUACAUUGAUCUGGGUGCUGCAAUAUUGACGUUUCAUUCAAUUUUGGUAAAUUUAUUGGGAUAUUGUGCACCAGAUAUGGAAACUGUUAAAAGUGAAUCAAUACGUGCUAGGUCAAUUUUACAAUCACUUGUUAGUAUGGCUGAUUUAGAAGGAGUUUUAUCAUUGAGAUUUAUAUUACCUCCGCCAAAAUUAGAAGUCCAGACUAAUGAAGAUGGAGAAGAUGAAUGGGUUGAUAAAGCUGGUAUGCCACCUGGUCUACUGCCAGAGCAUAAAGCAUCAGUUGUGUUAUUUUUAGAGCGAGUUUAUGGAAUUUCAGAUGCUGCAACAUUCUUAAGAUUAUUAGAAAAUGGUUUUCUACCAGAUUUACGUGCAGCUACAUUACUUGAUUCAACUGUUGUUCCAGACAGUGAUAUGGCUUUGGCAUUAAAUCGUUAUUUAUGCAACAGUGUUUUGCCAUUACUCACACGUCAUACUAAAUAUCUUGGCGAAGAAGGUACAACUGGAGGAUUAUUUGAGGCAACAUUACAAACGGCUUAUCGUUUAUCAAAAUGUCGAUCCAUUACUAAUCAUCAACGUGAAGUCGUUUGUGACUUUUUAGUUGCUUUGAUGCAACAAAUUAAACCACCAAUGAUGUCUGCUCUAUUAAAGAAAAUGGUUUCUGAUUUACGUACAUUAUCAAAAGAAUCCGUCGUAUCACUUCGAGCGUUGACAGAAUUUUACCAACGCUGUGGAACUUAUUAUAGUUCAGAUGGAUGGACGGGUGGCGCACAAAGUUCACCAGGACAUAGUGCAGCAUCAGUUGACGAUGAUUCUGGAUGCACCAGUAACGAAACCGGUAGUGGUGCUAGUUCUGGUGGAGCUGAUAACGUAGGUAGUCGUAGCGGUGAUGGUGAAACAUCAGCAUCUGAAGAAGAACGAAGUAUCACUGCUCAUCUAUUCAUAUUAAUAUUCGAAAAGUUAUCCCGACAACCAUAUGAGCCCGAAUUAUUUUCUUAUGCAUUACCAUGUCUAUGUUCGAUAGCAUGUGCUUUACCACCGGAUUAUUCAAUUAGUCAGUUGAAUGCGAUGGGUCAACAAAAUGACAGUUUGGGGCAAAAUGUUGGGCAAUCAGUAUUCACUGAUCAAAUGAAUUCUUUACUAGUUCCUGGGGCUCCUAAAUUAGAAGCAAAUGAUUCACUUGAUGAACUUGUUCAUCACGAUGUAUUUCGCCCUCAACCUAUAGAUACAUCUCAAGUUCGUCUUCCAGUAGCAUUGAAUGGCUUAAUUCAGAGAUUCGCUGAACAUUGCCAUGAUUCAUGGGCUUUAGAUUUGAUUGAACAGGGUUAUACAUUCGGUGCACAAGUUGAUGAAGUUCGAAGAACACACCCAAAUUUACGCUCUUUCAGUCAGUUGCCAACACAGGAGCAAAUGAGAUACAUUCAUCCUGUAACAGAUACACUAAAAACGAUGUUAGCAUGUGGUUGGUCUGUUGAUGGUGAUGAAAAUCGUUACCGUGAUACACCUGGUGAUACAAAACACAUACGUAGACAAACGAUUACAAGUGAUAAUUUGUUAAAUUAUAAUCCGAGUCCAAAAGAUUUACGUGGUGUAAAUGUUACCAAAGAAAUGUUAAAUAUGGCUGAACGUCUAGCUGAUAAUGCACAUAAUAUAUGGGCCAGACAAAAAAUGAGUGAUCUCGAAGCAAUUGGUGGUGGAGUACAUCAACUACUAGUACCAUAUGAUAUAUUAACAGAUAAUGAACGUAAAAGAUAUCGGCGUCUAACCCAUGAAUUGAUUAAAUAUUUACAAUAUAAUGGUUAUAGAUUAACUGUUCGUACUGGAUCAAAUUCAACUAAUACUAGUACAAAUAAAGGGAAUGGAGGUACUAGUAAUGUUAGACAUCAUGACAACAGAAAUUUAGCACCAACAUCACGAUUUGCUUAUGGGUUAUUGAACAAGCUUUUGGAUUAUGUCGAUUCGGCCAUGUCAUCAGUUCGUGAACCAAUGCCAAGCACUCGUUAUAGUACUAGUCGUUCAUGGUUAAGUUCAAGUCAAGAUAUGAAAUUCUUUGUUAAGGUUGUACUGCCAUUAGUUGAACGCUACUUUGAAACACAACAGGCAUACUUUUUAGACCCAGUAGCAGGUGCUUCAAUUGAUGAAAAGAAGAUGGCUGCCACUUUAUUUUGUAAACUCUUCUCGUUACUUCGAAUAAAAUUGAACACAUUUGGACAUGAUGUAAAGAUAGCCGUAUCUUGUCUUCAAGGUCUUGUGCAAACAAUUGAUGUAAAAGCAAUCUUAAAGAUGGGUACGGCGGAGGAUUUUGUUCGCAGUCGCAUCCUACCGUUUUUUGUUAAUGCGGCUGAUGAUUUAUGCGUUGUAGUUAGAAAUCUUGAUGCUAGUCGAUAUUCACAUGUGAAAGGUACAAUUAAACGUGGCGCAUGUUCAGUAGAUUAUAUUCACAUGGUAUUAUUACCUGUACUGAAAUCAAUGUUUGAACAUUUGGGCAAAAACGAAUGUGGCGAAUAUCUGCUAGUGGGUAAUGUCCAAGUCACAUGUUACCGAAUACUCAACGCUUUAUAUAAACUAGGUACUACAUCAUCGAAACACGCAAAUCGUCAAAGCUUUGUUGAUGAACUAAAUAGACAUAGAGCUUUAAUUGGUGAUUGCCUUGCUGCACUUGCAUCUGCAUUCCCUGUAGCUUUUCUAGAGGCUAAUUUAAAUUCUAAUAAUCCUCUUUCAAUUACAUUCAAUAAUCGUGGUGGUGAUUAUAGUCUUGAAGCUAGAGAUGUACUUGAAAAACUUUCUAAAACAAUCGGUGAUCUACAAAGCAUCAUUAAGCAAGUGGAACUUUUAGCCGAAUCUGGAGCAACUGGUGCUUCUGAAGCGCCAUAUCUUAUUGAGGUUACUUUACCUAUGCUUUGUUCAUAUUUACCUAACUGGUGGCGUAAAGGACCUGAAUGUAUGAAUUUAACUUCUUGUAAUGAUGGUUCCAAUGAAGGUGGAAUAGGACAAGACAAUAAAACUGGUAAUUUAGUACCUAAAACAAAAGGAAAUACCUUUCUAGCUAGUGCAACUGGACCUUUAACAACUGUUACAGCUGAUCUAAUGAAUCGAGUUCUUGGCAGUGUAUUGCAAUUAAUUCAAACAAACAUUGACUCAUCACAUGCACCUUGGAUGACGAGAAUAGCUACGCGUACUCAACCCAUUGUAGCUAAUUCUACAGCUGAUAUGCUUGGUCAAUAUUUUUUGCCAGUAUCUGAAAGGCUACUUGAACAUGCUUUGAUUGUUGAAAGAGUAGAAGAGGCGUAUAGAGCGGAAAAACGUGCAGGUUCUGAAAGUGUCGGUGAACGUGAAGAAGAACUAUCACAUUUAGUUGAAAUACUAGUACGAAAUUUAUUUGCGUUCUAUCCCCUUCUAAUAAAAUUUGUUGAUCGUCAUCGAAGUGCUUGGUUGAAAAAGCCGACGUAUGAAACGCAACGUUUAUUCUCAGCUGUUGCAAGGAUGUUUUUAGUAUGGAUCAGAGCAACGAAAUUUAAACGUGAAGAAGAGAAUUUUGUAAGCGCUCAUGAAAUUGAUCGGUUAUCAUUGAUUGUGCCAAGUGGAGGAAAUUUAACACCAGGUAUAAAUCGAAGUCGAACUCACGCAAAUGGACGUAAUGAAUCAAGUAGUUUGAAAAAUGUAAAAAAAGCUAAAACUGGUCCACAUACAAGUUUAACUGUUGCAUGUAUUAAACGUCUUCUACCAGUUGGUUUAAGUCAACUUGGUGGACGUGAGCAAGAACUGGUAUUAUGCGCGAAAAGAAAGCUGAUUAAGGAAACGCUUAGUUUGACAGGUGACAGAGGUUUGGAGCAUUUAAUGCAGAGAGAGAGUGACACUGCGAUUGAAGCAUUCCUCAACAAUGCUUUGGAUCAAGAAGGCGAUCUUGAUCAUAGAACUCAAAACUGGCAGAAAUUAUUAUAUAAAAAAAUUGAUCGAACUAUUGCAGCAACCGGCCGACAUGCUGAACUUGCAACAUCAACAAGAUCAGAGAUAGUUGACAAGAUUCAAAUUUUAUCCAAAGUAAUGCACGGUCUUUACUUGGUUGAUCAUCCACCAGCAAUAAGUAAAGGUUCUUGGAAGAAAUUGGUCUCCUCUCAACGUAAACGUGCCGUUAUGGCAUGCUUUCGUAUGGUACCACUUUAUGCAAUGCCAACUCAUCGUGUAAUGAAUUUAUUCAUAAAAGGCUACAUAACUGAAUGGUUAGAUUAUGAAGAAUCAUUAGGUGUGAAAUUAAUUGAAGAUGUGACAAGUGGUGCAUUACUGAAAGAUUUAUCCAAAUCAAAUGAAUUACCAUCAACAGGGGGAACUAAUGAAGUUAUAGCUGGCACUGUCCAUGCAAUUGAAGGUGUUCAGAAAAGUACAGAUACUGAAACUGGUACAGCUCAAGACUUAGAUAUGAUGGAUUCAACUUUAGAGUUGGAUCUAUCAACUACAAACAAUGAUCCUGGAACGUCUAUCAGUUCAGAUAGUAAUAAAUCAGCUAGCCUACUACAAACUGGUUCUUUACAAACAACUAAUAGUUCUUCAAAUCAAUAUACUUAUGGACAAGAUUCAUCUUCAUGUCAGCCUGACCCACUGACACAAUUAUUAACAGCUCUAUGCCGUUCAGCAUCUGAUCAAGCUCCAGAUGAUCCACUAUAUUUAGCUUAUGCUAAAAUCAUGAGCAAAAGUUGUAGUGGUGAGGAUGAAGAAGAGGAAGAGGAGAACAGCAAUGAAGAAGGUUCUAGUUUUCAGGAACAAGAAGAACAAAAGCAGCAAUUGUUGAGUGAACAAAAUCGUCUUGCAGAACGUGGUGCAGCUGAAAUGGUUCUACUACAGUUAGCUGCAUCCAAAGGUGAAUCCACACCAGUUGCUCAAGCAAGUAUUGAAUUAGGCAUAGCAUUACUACUUGGCGGUAAUAUUGAUGUUCAAGGAAGAAUGUUAGAUUAUUUAAUGAAAAAGAAAUUAUCUGGUUUUUUCACAAGUUUGGCUGGUUUAACACAAAAAUGUUCCGUUUUAGAUUUGGAUACAUUUGAAAGAUGUAAUAAAGCUGAAGGAUUAGCUGUUGGUCUGUCCGACAUGGAAGGAAUAACUAACUUAUAUGAUGCUGAUUUCACUUGUAAAAUAUUUCGAUUUUUACAGUUACUAUGUGAAGGACAUAAUCUAGCCUUUCAAGAUUAUCUACGUACACAAGCUGGUAAUACUGUAUCCGUGAAUUUGAUUAUCUCGACAGUUGAUUAUUUAUUACGAUUACAAGAAUCCAUUAUGGAUUUCUAUUGGCAUUAUUCCAAUAAAGAUACAAUUGAUGAAUCAGGCAAAAAUAGUUUUGUUCGCGCUAUCAAAAUUGGCAAACAAGUGUUUCGUAGUUUAACCGAAUAUAUACAAGGUCCAUGUAUUGGAAAUCAACUAGCACUAGCCCAUAGUCGUUUAUGGGAUGCUGUAGCCGGAUUUAUUUAUGUUUCAGCACAAAUGCAAGAUAAAUUAAGUCGUGAUCCUGAUCAGUUAGAUUUAUUACGAGAAUUUCUCAAUUUACAAAAAGAAUUGAUGAUUAUGCUGUUAUCUAUGCUUGAAGGAAACGUUGUCAAUGGGCCAAUCGCUAAACAAAUGGUUGAUACAUUAAUUGAGUCUUCGGCUAAUGUUGAGAUGAUUCUCAGAUUUUUCGAUAUUUUCCUUCGAAUGAAAGUGAUUACUACUUCUGAAGCAUUUUUAGCUUUCGAUGUAAAUGGUGAUGGUUGGAUUUCACAUAGAGAAUUUCGAUUAGCUUUAGAACAACAAAAAACCUAUUCACCUGAGGAGAUUAACUAUAUCAUUGCAUGUGUUGAUAAUAAUGCAGAUGGUAAAGUUGAUUUUAAAGAAUUCACAGAACGUUUCUACAAUCCAGCUGAAGAUAUUGGUUUCAAUUUAGCUUUAUUAUUGACUAAUUUGUCCGAACAUGUACCAUCUGAUCCAAGAUUGGAAAGAUUAAUUGACAAAGCUCGUGGAGUACUAGACGUAUUCGAGCCACAUUUAGGUAGAAUAGAAAUUACCGGUUCAAAUGGUCGAAUUGAACGUGUUUACUUCGAAAUACGCCAACAGCAUAUUGAUCAAUGGGAAGCACCACAAAUUAAAGAAUCUAAGAGGUCCUUUUUACAUUCUGUAGUUGGUGAAAGUGGAGAUAAAGAGAAAUUAGAGUGUUUUGUUAAUUUCUGUGAAGAUACCAUAUUUGAAAUGCAACAUGCUCAGUCAAUUAAUGGAGAUGAAGCUGACAUAGCCUUGAAUAGGGUUGCUGCAUUUAAUCGCUUUUUGGAAAUAACUCACCUAGCAUUCAUAGGACAUGUACUGUCAGUUAUAUUUCAUUGUGUACGACCAUCUCAAUUGUGUUCUACAUGGAAUACAUUACGUCAAAUGACAAUACCAGAUAUCCUGUUGACUAUACUCGGUAUAAUUGUUGGAUUAUUAAUUUGUGUGGGGCGAUUCGGAUCACAUAUACUUCAUCUCUUAUGGUAUAUUAUAGUUGCACUUGCGUCUGAUAUUAGUCAGAAAAGAUCUUUAACAUAUUGUAAUUCAGCUGUACGCGCAAUGAUUCCAUGGUCAAUUGAUCGAAGUUCAUAUUCAAAAGUAGCGACAAUUACAGGAUCUAUACAACAUCAUUCUAGUGAAAUCGAUACGGAACAGCCAUGGUGGUUAUUAUCAGAAGAUCAGCAAUUAUUAAUUGAACGUGCAGAUCCAGUACAUUUAGCUACCAUAAAAGAAGAGUAUGCAAUAACGAAUUCUGCAAAAUCUACACAUUUAUCACAUGAAAAUGAAAAAUCUGGAGGUGAUAUGUCUCCUAAACCUUCAGGUAAUUGGAAAAACAACAAUAAUAAUAUUGCUUCGCCAAAUUAUUUAACUAGUCCAAAUUUGAAAAAAAUAUCAACAUCGUCUUCUGCUCCACCUGGAACUCGUUUACCUACAAAUGUUAUGAAUACUUCAUCUCCAGCAUCACCAACAGUGAGUCAGAAACAAGAAGACGAAUGUAAAACAAAAUUCAACACAAGAAAUUAUGUCAUUUCACUCUUUGCCAGUAAUUUUUAUCGUUUCAAAAUUAGUGCGCUGAUAUUGGCGUUUGUUAUAAAUUUCCUCUUAUUAUUCUCCAAGGUAAAUCAGAUCAGUCCAAAUGCUUUGGGUGAUGAAGAUGCUAUUGGUAAUGAGUUAGGUGGAAAUGAUAGCAUUGACACUGAUACUGAUGAAGAGUUAGUUGAAUGGGUUUCAUCAGGCGAUACAUCUUCAUAUAUUGGUCCGCUCAUAGCUACACUUGCUGCCGUCCAUUCUAUACUAUCGUUUAGUACACUUGUGGCAUAUUAUUAUUUAAAGGUUCCACUCGUAAUAUUUAAACGUGAAAAAGAAAUUUGUAGAAUGCUUGAAUUCGAAGGCAUGUGGAUCUCUUCCCAACCGGCUGAAGAUAAUCUACGUGCACAUUGGGAUAAAUUGGUCUUAUCAACACCAUCAUUUCCACAAAUGUAUUGGGAUAAAUUUGUUAAAAAGAAAGUUCGUAAUAAAUAUUCCAUUCAAUAUGAUUAUGAUGAAAUUACAAGACUUUUGGGUAUGGAUAAAGUUAGUUCUGAUACCGAAACUGGUGGGACUAGUCUGUCUAAAUUUUUCGGGGGUAUUGAUAUACAAUAUUUGGUUUGGAAAUGGGGAGUCGUUUUUACAGAUAUUUCUUUCCUGUAUUUGGCGGUUUAUUUUGCUGCAUCAGCUUUUGGAAAUUUGAAUUACUUCCUUUAUGCUUGCCAUUUACUCGAUGUGGCUGUUUCAUUCAAAACACUCAGGACGAUAAUUCAAUCAGUUACACAUAAUGGAAAACAGCUUGUAUUAACAGUUAUGUUGACAUCGAUUGUUAUUUAUUUAUACACUGUGGUUGCCUUUAAUUUCUUCCGUAAAUUCUAUGUGAAAGAUAAUGAUGGUGUGCCUGAUCCAAAAUGUAAUGAUAUGAAGACUUGUUUCAUAUUUCACUUGCAUACUGGAUUAAGAGCUGGUGGUGGAAUUGGGGAUGAAAUUGAAGCACCUGACGGUGACGAGUCAGAAAAUUAUCGAAUCUUAUUCGAUUUGACCUUCUUCUUUUUUGUUAUCAUUAUUCUGUUGGCUAUUAUCCAAGGUCUCAUCAUUGAUGCCUUUGGUGAUUUAAGAGAUCAGUUAGAACAGGUAAAAGAAGACCUUGAAUCAAAAUGUUUCAUAUGUGGUAUUGGCAAAGAAUAUUUCGAUAAAAUACCACAUGGUUUUGAACAACAUGUUGAAAAAGAACAUAAUUUUGCAAAUUACAUGUACUUUCUAAUGCAUAUAAUCAAUAAGCCGGAUACAGAAUACACUGGCCAAGAAACAUAUGUUUGGGAGUUGUAUCAGCAAAGAUGUUGGGAUUUCUUUCCUAUUGGUGAUUGUUUUAGAAAACAAUAUGAAGAAGAAUUACAACCGAAAUAAUUAAUAAUAGGUAUACACUCUAUGAAAUGAGCUAAAAAAAUCAGACAACGCACUAGUAGACAAUGAAAAUAAUCUCCUUUCUCUCCAGGUUUUCGUUAUGCAUUUAUUGUUUAAUAAUACCCAUUUAAAUGUUGUUAUUUUGUCGCUUUUAUUCACUGAUUUCGCUUUCGUCGAUAAAAUGACAAGAUUAAUCCUAAUUCUAACAAGCCUAACACUCAUGAGGAUAGCAUCACAAUGUCCAUCUGAAGAAACCCAAUCAAAACGUUAUCCUAACAAGUGAUACUGUUUGUUUUUUGUUUAUUGCUUUCCCUCUUUCUGUCAAUCUAUUUAUCCAUUUUUUCCCAGUCUCCGAAAUUCUAAUCAGUUUUGACCAUGUCGAUCUACAGAACUGAAAAGUCUGAAAUAAUAACAAGUAAAAAGUACCAAGUAAAAUGGAAGAUGGACUGCAAUAGAAAUUUAUACAAUAUCAUACUCAAACUAUUGUUGAACACCAGUACUAAUUUAGGAUCAAUAUAAAUGCCUAUUAGUUCCCUUGCAUGCGAUAAUUUUAAAGUGCUAUAAAUAUGUUGAAAGAUACAUUGUAUUAAUUUUAAUUAUGUUGCAAAUAGAAAAUAGCUUUUCGUCUA